AUGAUCCUGCUGCUCUGUUUGCUUUGCAUGAUCUGUGGAGAACCUGUUUGGAGUCUGGAGAAUGGUGAAUUCUCCUUUAAAGGGGACAUUCAGCAGGUGGCAAUUGGCUCCAACAAUCUUUACAUCGCUACAACAGAGGCACUUUAUCAGCUAAGACCCAACUUUGCUCUGAUCCACAGUCUGACCCUCAGAGGGACUUUACAGAACGGAGACCAGCCAGGGAAAAAGGUUCUGGACCUGAAGAACAUCUCUAAGCUGGUUUACAGUGAAUCCAUCCAGGUGGGACCUCAGAGGAGCAGCAGUGGGUCUGUCAGCUUUCUGGUGGAUGUGACGGAGAAACCAGGUGUUAAACCUGGAAUCCAAACUGAAGCUGAUGUAGAGUUUGUGGACGGAUUCCAGAUCAACUCAACAGUGUAUCUGUUCUCCAACGUGGCAUCAGGAGGUGAAACCAACAAAGUCCGUCUGAUCUGGCUUCAGGCUGAAACCAGUAAAACUCAGACUCUGGAGUCUCUUCAUGGAGCGACUCUCAGUUCCUCUGGAGGCAGCAGACUGCUGGCCUCCUCGGUCGUCCCAGGUGGACAGCAGGUCCUGUGGAGUGGAGUGUUCAGUGUGGACGGAGGAGAAAGCAACACUGAGCUGCUGCUGUUUGACGUCAGUCCUGAUAUCAGCAGGGAGAAGAAUAAAGAUCCAGACUUUUAUACAUCGGUGGACAAGCCAAACAACCCGUCAGGACCGAAGGCCCUGAAACCUCACGCUGUUCUAUCUAAGAAGAAAUACAUGAGUUCUGUGUUGGCGGUGAAGCAGGACAGCUGGACGGUUUUCUUCAUCGGAACAACCGAUGGGCAGCUCAUUAAGCUUCCUGUGGACAAGAACAAUCGUCCAGCAUGUCCAAAGGAGCACUACAGGGCCAGUGGUAAUCAGAAAGUGUUUCCAAAAAUCCUUCUGGAUCCAGUGGAUCAUAAACAAAUGUAUCUGAUAUUUAAGGACAAGAUUAAGCGUGUGCCAGUGUCAAACUGUAGUGAAUACAUGAGCGUAGAGGACUGUUGUACGGAUCCAUUCUGUGUCUGGUGUGUCUCUGAGAAAAGAUGUACAUUUAAAGAUGACUGCAAAUACGACUGGAUAUCCAUCCCUGAUGAAUACCAACAGGAAGUGAUUUCCUACAGAGCUGAGAAGGACUCCACUGGACAGGUCAAAGUAGUCGUCAACGUUCACCUGACUUUGGCACAGAACAUUCAGUCUGAAUUUACCUGUGCGAUCGUCACAAACGUGAGAAGGCUUUGUGGGACACUACCUCAGUACCCACAAUGCACCUGCGUUCUCUCUGACGAUUUUCACUCUAAUGAACUUGAUCUCAUCCUAUCAGUCAGACUUGAGGCAGUACUGACAAAGAGUCUAAAGCUCAUCGACUGUUCUGAUAGUACUCUGUCGUGUCAGCAGUGCAUCAGAGCCGGAUGUGGCUGGAGGGAGAACCGCUGUACCUGGGACAGUGAAGGAGUGCGGAAUGACCGUGUUUGCCAACCGCUCGCCUCUCAGCCAAUCACUGCGAAGCCAGAGAUUAUCUCCGUGUCUCCCAGUCGUGUGUCUUACUACGGCAGAAAUCACGCUUUGCUGAAAGGUCGCAACCUCAGAGAUGUGAUUGGAGUCAAAGUCCAGACAGAAACGGCCUGCUCAAAGGAAGCCAAUGAAGCUGAAGCCAAAGUGUGUGCUGUCCUGUCUGACGGGAGUUGCCACGGCGAAGCUGAUAUAACCUACCAGUCAGCGCCAUCUUGUACUGGAGUUUCACCAUCCGUUACCUGGAGAAGUGGGAAGAGGAAGAUCACGAUCACAGGAUCCUACUUGGACACAGUGGAAAUGGUCACACACAACCAGCAUGUCCAAGAACUGGAGUUUUACAGGGGGCUAGAAUACCCUGUACAGGAAGAAUACCCCCCGCAGCUACAAGUACCUCCUGAACACAUCAACUCUACGACUCUCAUCUAUAAAACACUUCCUGUUGAGCCCUCUGAGUGGAACAGACCUGUGGUGAAUAUAAAAGUAGCCAAUCAGACGUUGAGCUGUUCAGCAAAAAUGUUCCACCGUCCAGACCCGCAGUUUAUCAACUUCAGAGCCAAGAGGACAGGAGAUAAUAUCAAAAUCACCAUACUGAAAAUCAAAGACGAACUGAUGAUGACAACAGAAGAGUUGUCAAUAUGGGGCAUUAAGGAUGACAAGCAGUAUCCCUGCAUCCUGCAGAAUGAAGAUGAUGAUCGUGAAACUACCCCUAGUUAUGAAUAUGGGAAACACAGUGACUUCGAAUAUGGAUCACGGAUUCUGGUCUGUGAGAUUCAAAACACAACCGAUGUCAUAUUUAAUCAGCUAAAGAUUAUGUAUGGAGAAACAAUAGUGCGGGUGUGGAAUCCAUCUUUAUUGCAUCAGGUCCUUCUCAUCCUGCGCCUGAUGUUCCUCCCCUCUGUUGCUGUUGUGCUGAUGAUCAUCUGUCAGUGCCAGAAGAGACGCGUCGUCCAGAAGACCAAGCUCUGAUCGUCUCUGCUGCGCCUCAGGAUCCCUCAGUAGUUUUCCAGCGGGUUUUCCAGCUUCCUCCAACGUCUGGGUGAAAUGCCAGAUGUUUCGGAUGGGAAACGUAACGAAAGC